AUUUUAGGCAAGGCGAUUUUUCAGGACUGCAAGUACGUACGGUGAUUCAUCGAACUUUCUGCUGUAUCUAUAGACUCGUGAGGGACUUAAAAAGCCGCCGGUGAGAGCAGAGCUGGACAAAUGACCAGACAGAGGCGGCGGCACACGAGGGAGUUAGCAAGCGACUGGGCCUGCGUCCGCUUGCGUUUUCACAACCGAACAACUGUGGGGGGCGACAGGGGGUUCGGUUCUGUCUCCUGCGCUGGGGUCGUCGUGGGUCUGCCUGCGGACUUUGUCCGGUAAUUCGGUAUUUUCUGAAGAACGCGAUUCUCUCUCAUCGUUUGGACCCACAGGAUCGUGCAGUCCAACGUUUCUCGGCAUCGAAUCAUUUGUACGAAGCACGGUCCAUUGGCGCCGCUUUUUUUGUGACGGGUCACUCAAUGCCUCGUCGGUGCUGGCAACUUUUCGUCUGCUGUUCUGUCCGUGAAUUUCCGGUGUCUGUCGCCUCGCGGCUGCUCCUUCCUCUCCUCUUCGUCCUGGCGUCCGCGCGCAACUCCGCGCUUCUUUAUUCCUCGGCUCUGACGCUUCGCUCGUCUGCCGCACCUCUCGCCUUCUCGUCUGCAGGGUGUCGAUUUCGCGGUCCUCUCCACAGGCCCUGGUUUCCCGUCAGACUUACUCCGCCCGACCAAGCUUAUCUUUCUCGAAACUCUGCCUCGGGUACCUCGCCUCGUUCGAUCCGACAGUUUCCUGUUCCCUCGGGUCUCGCCCUCCCAACCUCCGUUCCACUGUGCGCACGCACUCUGCCGCCUCUCUCUCGCCACUUCGCCUCCGUUGGUACCAUGGCGCAGCCGCAAGGUGAAAGCAAGUCCUUCACUCCAGGACAUCUCGAGGACCAGGUUCCAACAAGCUGCAAGCAGGCGAUUCCUGUCUUUGGCUGUGGAUCGACGCGCGUUCGGCUCGCGGCGCUCCUCGACGGUGGCGAGGCGUCCGUGGAAAAGUUCGUGAACCGAGAAACACCCGUAACCGUUUGCGGCUGGAGUCGCUCGGUCCGCAAACAAGGCGGUGGCAGUCUUUGCUUCGUCGUUCUCAGCGAUGGAAGCACUUCCUCCAACCUCCAAGUCGUCGUCGAGGCAGGUAUUGGUGGCGAGUUUCCUCAACUGCUCAAGUGCGGCGCCGGAUGCUCCUUCAGAUUCACCGGAGACAUCGUCAAGAGUCCUGCCAAGGGCCAGGCUGUUGAACUCGCAGUCAGGGAUCCCAGCAAAGGUCACCGUUUCGAGAUCUUGGGCAUGACAGACGCAGCAAAGUAUCCGUUGGCGAAGAAGGAGCACACACGCGAGUAUCUGCGUGAGAUUGCUCACUUGCGUCCGCGUUCUUAUCUUAUCGGAGCCGUCAUGCGCGUGCGUUCGAACCUCGCGAUGGCCACCCACCGCUUCUUCCAAGACCGUGGCUUCCUGUACAUCCAUACGCCCAUCGUCACGGCGUCGGACUGCGAAGGUGCAGGAGAGAUGUUUCAAGUUUCCACCCUGCUGCCCCCGCCUCCGCCAGAAACGAGGGAGAACGAAAAGAAGACCGACGGCGCCGCACCGAAAGACGCGGCUGCUGCAGCCGCCGAACCUCUGAUUCCCCUGACGAAGGACAAGAAGGGCGUUGACUAUUCCCGGGACUUCUUCGGCCGCCCUGCCUUCCUCACGGUGUCUGGCCAGCUCGCGGUCGAGCCAUACUGCUGCUCCCUCUCCGACGUGUACACUUUCGGUCCCACCUUCCGCGCAGAAAACUCUCACACUUCCAGACAUCUGGCCGAGUUCUGGAUGGUCGAGCCGGAAAUCGCCUUCGCCACUCUUGAAGACAACAUGGUCGUCGCCGAGGCCUACGUCAAGUUCUGUGUUCAGUGGGUUCUUGACAACUGCCGGGCGGACAUUGAGUGGUUCCAGAAGAACCAGGAGGAAGGCCUGAUCGCCCGCUUGGAGAACAUUCUGGCUGAGCCCUUUGCACGGGUGUCCUACACGGAGGCGAUCGAGGUGUUGAAGGCGGAAGAGCCGAAGGCGCAGUUCAAGGAGAAGGUCGAGUGGGGCAUGGACAUGGGAAGCGAGCACGAGCGGUACUUGACGGAGAACGUGUACAAGAAGCCCUGCAUCGUGUACAACUAUCCGAAGGACAUCAAGGCGUUCUACAUGAAGCUGAACGAGGACGGGAAGACGGUCCGUGCGAUGGACGUGUUGGUGCCGAAGAUCGGCGAACUGGUCGGCGGAUCUCAGAGGGAAGACGACCGAGACCGCCUCGCGGCGAUGAUCGCGGCGAAAGACCUAGACCCGAAGCCGUACUGGUGGUACAUGGAACUCCGCGAAUACGGUACCAUCCCGCACGCGGGGUUCGGUCUUGGCUUCGAGCGUCUCGUCAUGCUGGUCACCGGCAUCGAAAACAUCCGUGACACGAUUCCGUACCCCAGAUACCCCGGCCACGCUGAGUUUUAAGUUUAAAGCCAGAAUCGCUCAGUACGCAGAAAGCGAAUUCGCUCGCGUCUUUCGCAUCCGACGAAAACACUAUCGGCAUGCAUGUACAUUGGAAUUAUGUUGCCCAGCUCUUUAUUUUUGGGUGCGUAUCACAGUGGGCGUUUUUUUAGACACGGUGGCGACGCGGACGUUGCGGGUUGAGCCACGGAUGAGAAACGAGAAAGCGACGUUUCGAGUUCCUAUGUUCCCGUGAGCGCGAAACGGGGGGAAGGUGCCGAGCCGUCACGCUGCGGUAUGGACACCGAGGACCCGAGCGCCAGGCAGGACGAUCAGUCGUUUGCGACAACCAGGGAACGCGGAACGUGCAGCACCCAAUUGUGCGUUUCGGUGCUAGUUUUUUGUGUUUUGUGUCUGUGCACGCAAGCGGUGAUGUUACUACCAGACUCCCUUGGCGCGGAGGGACGUUUCAGCUCAAAGUGGUCGCUUGGGUCUUGCCCACUCGGAAACUAUGCAGUUCCUUUUUUUCAUACUUGUACAUUGAUGCAUAACACGCGCUACACAGAACUGACAACUUUUCGUUCUACUGUGUCUGUAGGUCUGCGCACAGGUAGGGGGAACCGUGAAAACAGGAGUUCGAGAGAGAGGGCUUGCCCGCAUGAGUGACGCGAUAAACAGGCGCCGGUGUUUGUACUUUGUCGCACGGUCAAACUGCAGACGUGCGGGUGUCAGUCCCACGUAAAGGAAAUGAUAAAGUCGUUCGGUAUC